CCUUGGUCUUUUUCAUAAAGCAGAGGACAGACAAAAGAGUGCACGCAGCAGGCUUUCAGCACAGUCUGCCAGUGAAGCCAAAGCUCCCUGAAGCGUGAUUUCGUUUCCAGCAGGAUCAAGACUUGAGUCAGUUUGCACUUCAUCAUUAACAGUGAACUGCGCCAUUGAUGGGCUUUGAAUUUCUCUUGGCUGGCAAAGCCUGGAGAGGAACUUUAGGGAGCGAAGAAAGUUAACAACCUGAAACUCUCCAGCUGCAGAACGAUAAAUUGAAUACAGUCCAAGUCUGAUCUUUGUCGUCUAGGUCACCAUGCCAGAUGAACGCUUCCUCCUGUUUGCCCUGGCGUUCCCAGUCGUGAUGGAGGUCCUCAGGGUCCACGGCUGUCAGACUGGCUCAGGGUCAGAGUGUGAAAAAGCCCCUUUUGUUCCAGGCCAUAACCUUGCAGGAGAGGGUUUUGAUGUGGUGCGGAUGCGACGAACAGGGGCGUAUGUCAUCAACGUCAAAGCUCAUCUGGGUGACAACAAUACAUGUACGCUGUGUCCAAACCGCUUCCAGAAAGGACAGAUUCAGAGACUCCCUGCAUCUGUCCUCGACUGGCGUCCUUUCAGCCGCUGCAGUAAACAGCUCUCCAGUGCCCUCCACCACUCUGUGGACUCGCUGUUACGCAGUUCCAACUCUCUGGUUAGCAACAACUGGGGCGCGGGUUUGAGCCUAGACAACAUUGGCAAGGCCCUGCUGGGUGGAAGCCGAUCAGACCUGGCCAAGUUUGCUCGGACGCAGCACAGUGUGGACAGAGCCACGUUUGCAAUUCAUGAAAUCAGCUGCACUUACUACAGCUACAGACUGGCUGACCACCCCAAACUGAGCUCAGAGUUUACAAAGCAUCUGAAGAGACUCCCACAGAGCUUAAACACAAGCCAGGACAGAGCUCUGUACAGACGGCUCAUCGACACCUAUGGGACACAUUAUAUACACCAGGUCCAUCUUGGAGGUAAAGUGAGGAGGAUAACGGCCUUCAGGACAUGUCUGGCCACACUGAAGGGUUUCUCCGAGUCCGAGAUCAAAAACUGUCUGAACAUCGAGCUCCGCAUGGCUCUGGGUUUCCUUCCAGGUAAUGUGUCAUUCUCCAACAAAUGUGACAGCCUCUUGAAGGGAAACAUGAGCAUGGGCUUUUACCAAGGCUUCAUGACCCAUAAAAUUGAGGUUUUCGGAGGGGAGAAGUACUUCCCUGACAUCCUGUACCAGCAGGACCCGUCUGAAGCGUACCACAGCUGGAUGAACAGUCUCCAUGACAACCCUGAUGUCGUCUCCUACGCCAUCUUCCCUCUGCAUCAUCUGGUGGAGGACCCACAGAUCAGCGCUAACCUGAAAACCUCGGUCACGGAGUACAUUAAAGAAAACCAGCUGCAGGAGGACCAGCUGGGUUUGAAGAAGUGCACCCCGACUCCUAACUUGGACCAUAACUGCUGUCCUCUACGGGCCGGCAGGGGGACUCUGAGGCUGGAGAUCCACAGAGCUGCCGGUCUGAGAGCAGAUACCUUCACAAAGACGGACGCCUACGUCAAGAUCUUCUACAACGGCAUGUAUGAAGAGACAGAUACUGUGAUGGACGACAAUAACCCGGUGUGGAACGUCACCUAUGAGUUUGGAUCAGUGGAGCUGGGUCGGGACUUGAGGUUUGAAGUGUGGGACAGAGAUGUUCUUUAUAACGACAUGGCUGGGAGAUGUAUAGUGUUCCCUGAGCGAGGAACUCAUUCCCUGAGCUGUCAACUCAGUAAGGGAGUUCUUUAUUUCACUUACAGUAUUAAAUGUGACGCUCAUCUGACAGGCUUCAGGUGUGGACGAUACUCUCCCAGCGCUGAAUAGAUCACCACGUUAUUCCUUUACAUUUUUUUUUUUUUUAUUCUAUCAUAUUUAACUCCUUUUUUUUAAUCUUGGUCAGAUUAUAUUUAUCAACAUUACUUUAGGACUGAGAACCACCCUUCCUUUUUUGUAUAAACUUAACCCAUAAAGACCCAAACAGCCACCGGCAACCAAAAGCAUCUACCUUUAAUACCUGCUGACCCACUAUUCUGAUCGAUACAUGUAAAUAAUUUGUGUAAAAUGCAGUUUGUCGUCUUUUCACGGUCAUCAGAUACGACUCAUUUGGAUGUCUAGAGGCUUUGUAGUGAAUGUGGAAACA